GAAAUCCACUUUCUAGAUCUUUCUACAACUUUCCUGUGGGCUGUUCUCAACCUUCAUAAAAACCAUUCUUCUUCGAAAAUAUCAAAUUCAUAUUUCAUUCUCUCUAAAUUUCUCUAUUUCUCUGUCAAAAAUCUUCAUAUUUUUCUUCCUGUUUUCAGUUUUUGUGAUCAGCAAUGGCAGCUAAUUCAGAAUCAGAAGCUAAUUUUGUUGAGCAACUAAUCAGUUCAAGAAACAGAGAUAUUUCGUUUUUUCUACCCUUUCUAUUUGGUCUUUCUUCAACUUCUUCUCCAGAAGGAAACAACAACAACACAAACCCUAAUCAAGAAACAGGAGGAAGAAAUCAAGAACGGAUCAUACUAAUCAACCCAUUUACACAAGGGAUGAUUGUGAUCGAAGGCGGUGGCAGAGGAUUUGAAGAUUUUCUCCGUGAAAUUUCAGAAAAACAAGGUUUAGCACCAGCAACAAAAGCUUCAAUUGAUGCUAUGCCGAAGGUUGUGAUUACAGAGGAGAUGCAGAGAGAUUUAGAGUGUUCGAUUUGUUUGGAUGGGUUUGAAAUUGGAAGUGAAGCAAGAGAAAUGCCCUGUAAACAUAAGUAUCAUGGAGAUUGUAUUGAGAAAUGGUUAGGGAUUCAUGGGAAUUGCCCUGUUUGUAGAUUUGAAAUGCCUGUUAAUGAAGACGACCAAGGUAUGAAGAGAAACACCAACAACGGCGGUGCUGGUGGUGAAGAACCAGAGAGGGGAGAAAGAAGGGGUGUUGGUGAGAUUUGGGUUACUUUAUCUGUUACCAGAAGAAACCCUUCUUCUUCAACCAACUCUGAUAAUCCUUCAAGUUGAGAAAGGGGGAAAAUUUAGUCAAGGGGGCAAAUUAAUCAAGAAAGAAGUUGGAAGAACAGCAAAAUUUUGUAAAUAGGCUCAAAACCAAUGAUUUUUUUUCUUUUUUUAAUUUGAUUAUUUCUUGAUUGUUUUUUUCUUUUUUAGGUAGUCUUUUGUAUGACGAGUUUUUCAAGUUGAUGAAAUAUGAAUGCACAGUGUUGAUAUCUCAAA